AUGGCUGUCCCAUGCAUGGGUUCGUUUACUACCGAAGGAAAGAGACAGCUUCCUCAGGAAGUCCACUCAGAUUGGAUAGGAGUGCACUCGCCUGUCUUCAAAGGAGAUGAACUUUCCGAAUUUCCGGCACACCUGCAGCCUGUUCACGCAGUGCAUAACAUUCCCCCAUCGCCACUGUCGACGAUCUCCUCCUACGAGUCACCAGAGUCUCUGGUCCUCGCCAGUCCAACAAUGACGAUCCAGACAGUGGAUCAGCUUUCACCAGGCUCCAGUGAGGAUGACAGAGAAGACCGACCUGGACCAACCCCAUACUCUCAUUUGAUCUUCCGGGCCCUAAAGGAUGCCAAAGACAACAAGCUCCCUCUCCAGGGAAUUUACAACUGGUUCGAAAGGAACACGGACAAGGCCAAGAGCUCGGGUUCGAAAGGAUGGCAAAACAGUAUCCGGCAUAAUUUGUCUAUGAAUGCAGGAUUCGAGGCCGUCAAGGAGGAAUUGGGCCCGGGAAAAAAGGCAGUCAACUUUUGGCGCCUGACACCUGAGGCAAUUCGCCAUGGUCAUGUCCAAUCCACCACUCGAUACCGCAAGCAAGCGAGUGCACGAAAGGCACUUGGUGCAAAUGCUCGUGCCGCUCAGCGCCAACGCACGGAGACCAAGGGUGGGAAUCCCUCAGAGAUGGCGAAGGCACGCCAUCCCAAUGCCGGUCAUGACGAGCCCAAUGAAAUCUAUCGACCCCCUCAAAUGACCCUGCCUCCUUACCCUAUGGAUGGUCAUUUCUCCCACCCGGACCCUCGAGUGAUGCCAUCCUACGUGCCACCCGCUCUUGCCCCGCCUAUCGACAAUGCAUUGCAGAGAUACGGUAUGGAAUCCGUGAUCGGCUGUACAAACCUUUCACCAACCAACAAUGGGUCUUUCUACGAAACCAUGGGGGCUGCGCCGGACAAUGAGGCGUUUACAUUGAGACAUGCAGCACAUGCGGGCUGGUAUUCACCAUCGUCGGAUCACAAUAUUGGGAUGAUGACAGGAUCCGAUGUUCCGGCCGAUCUCCACCAUGAUUUGUAG